AUGGUCGACAUCGCUACUAGGGAACUUCGCCAGCCUGUUGACAUCGCUGAAUACCUCUUCCGCCGGCUGCACGAGGUUGGUGUUCGGUCAGUGCACGGUGUUCCUGGGGAUUAUAAUCUCGCGGCCCUCGAUUACUUGCCCAAGUGUGGACUUCACUGGGUCGGAAACUGCAAUGAACUCAACGCGGGUUAUGCCGCCGAUGGCUACGCUCGUGUAAAUGGAAUUGCUGCUCUAGUUACAACAUUUGGAGUCGGCGAACUCUCUGCGAUCAAUGCUAUUGCUGGCGCAUAUUCCGAAUAUGUUCCCAUCGUCCACAUUGUCGGUCAACCUCAUACAAGCUCCCAGAAAGAUGGAACGCUGCUACACCACACUCUGGGUAACGGGGACUACAACGUUUUUGCGAACAUGAACAAGGGGAUAUCUGCAAACCUGGCACAUCUGAACAACACCUACGAUGCCGCAACUCUCAUCGAUAACGCCAUUAGAGAAUGUUGGAUCCACAGCCGACCUGUGUAUCUUGCUUUGCCUACAGACAUGAUCACUAAGAAGAUUGAAGGGGAGAGGCUCGAGACACCCAUUGACCUAUCUCUACCUCCAAACGACCCCGAAAAAGAAGACUACGUUGUUGACGUGGUGCUCAAGUAUUUGCACGCGGCGACCUCACCGGUCAUACUUGUGGACGCUUGCGCAUUGCGGCACCAUGUGAUAGAUGAAGUUCAUGACCUAAUUGAAGCGGCUGGUUUGCCAACCUUUGUGGCCCCAAUGGGCAAGGGUGCCGUUAAUGAAACUCACAAAUGUUAUGGCGGUGUCUACGCAGGGACAGGGUCUAACCCCGGAGUUCGUGAGCAGGUCGAGUCAUCGGAUUUGAUUCUCAAUAUCGGUGCCAUCAAAUCGGAUUUCAACACGGCUGGGUUCUCAUUCCGUACCAGUCAGUUGAACACGAUUGACUUUCACAGCACUUUUGUGCGAGUGAGAUACUCCGAGUACCCUGAUAUCAAUAUGAAAGGAGUUCUACGCAAGGUUACCCAACAAAUGGGCUCUCUCAAAGCCAAUCCCGUUCAACACAUAUCGAACGCACUUCCCGAACACGAGAAAGAUUCCAGUAACCAGACAAUCACUCAUGCAUGGCUGUGGCCAAUGGUCGGACAAUGGUUGAAAGAGAACGACAUAGUUAUCACGGAGACCGGCACGGCGAACUUUGGAAUCUGGGACACCCGCUUUCCUGCUGGAGUUACAGCCAUCAGCCAGGUACUCUGGGGCAGUAUCGGUUACUCAGUCGGUGCGUGUCAGGGUGCUGCUUUGGCUGCAAAAGAGCAGGGUAAUCGCCGGACGAUAUUGUGGGUGGGUGACGGCAGUCUGCAACUUACUGUGCAGGAGAUCAGCACUAUGAUCAGGAACAACCUCAACCCAAUCAUCUUUGUCAUUUGCAACGAAGGUUAUACCAUUGAGCGGUUCAUCCACGGAUGGGACGAGGCCUACAAUGAUAUUCAGACCUGGGAUGUCAAGGGCCUACCUGUUGCAUUCGGUGGCAAGGACAAAUACAAAGGUUACAAGGUUACGACCAGGGACGAGCUCACCAAGCUGUUUGCCACCGAAGAGUUCUCUUCCGCUCCAUGCUUACAGUUGGUCGAAGUUCAUAUGCCUCGCGACGACGCACCCGCCGCUCUGAAGAUUACUGCUGAGGCCGCCAGUGCUCGAAACAAAUAA